CAACAGUUGUUCUGUACGAUUUGUGUGAAACAGAGUAAUUUUUUCUAAUUAUUCCAGCACUUUGAAUUUAAUAAGCAUUUUAAAAUUAUGCCUUGUUGGUAUUAUGAUAAAAAGGAUUUACGUGAUACACCUUCCAUCCUCGAUGGCAUAUCAUUUGAGACAGAACGUCGGUAUCGCAAAGAAGGUGCUCGCUUUAUUAUGAAUUGUGGCACACAAAUGGGACUGGGUCACAACACGAUGGCUACCGGCGUAGUAUACUUUCAUAGAUUUUAUAUGUUUCACUCUUUCAAAAGCUUUCCACGAUAUGUUACUGCAUGCUGUUGCCUUUUUCUGGCUGGCAAAGUUGAAGAGACUCCGAAGAAAUGUCGCGACAUUAUAAAAAUAGCAAGGACAUUAUUAUCGGACAAUUAUUUUUAUUCCUUUGGCGAUGAUCCUAAAGAGGAGGUUAUGACAUUAGAGCGUAUUUUGUUGCAAACUAUUAAAUUUGACUUACAAGUGGAGCAUCCCUACACGUUUUUGCUUAAAUAUGCCAAGUGCUUCCGUGGUGAUCAAGUUAAAUUACAGAAAAUGGUACAAAUGGCGUGGAACUUUGUUAAUGACUCUUUAAGUACCGUUGUAUGCCUGCAAUGGGAGCCUGAGAUAAUAGCGGUUGCACUAAUACAUCUCGCUAGUAAGCUUAGUAAAUUCACUGUGGUCGAUUGGGUGGGACGUCAGCCCAGUCAUAAUCGCUGGUGGGACAUGUUCGUUUCGGAUGUUACAAUGGAAAUCCUUGAAGAUAUUUGCCAUCAAGUUUUGGAUCUCUAUCAACCUAAUCAAAAGGAACCAUCUGAGGCAAACAGUCCACCUCAGAAACCUCCAAGCCGCGCUGAUAGCCCUACGCCUACAAAGCCGGUAAUAACAACAGCUAGCACUGGUUCACCUGCUGCAAAAGUAAAACCAGCGCCAGCUACUAUUACCACGACAACAGUACCAGCAUCAUCCGCUGUAGUACCACCGGCUGCAGAGCUUACUAACAUUCAGUCCAUCAAAUCACUCGCUAACUCUGGGCCAAUAGCGCCUACGGUUAGUGAGCCUGCCGCUAUACCAACGGUCGGAAUGGCUUCAACUUAUCACAACAUAUAUCCGCCUCCGGUCACAACCCAUCAAAUACAUUCACUAUACAAUUCUGCAACACCCGCCCCGCCGCAAGCACCUACGCAUAGUUAUGGCGCUCCAGGUGGUCCAUCUGGAGUCGUGCCUCCUCCCCUUCCGCCGGCAAUGGGGCCCUAUGGCAUGCCACCGGCUGCAGCUUGGGGAGGGCCAGCGUUGAAUUCAAAUUCUCAUUAUCCAUCAAAUGUGCCCGCCUCGAUGCCAGCAGGGCCGAGUGGUGGUGGCGGAGCUCCGCAGCAUGGUUAUCAGGGAUCACAGUACUCCAGACGUAAUUACCUGUGAUGUAAAGUUUGCUAUCACUCGUCAAAAAACUAAACUAAUUAUGUUGUUUAUAUAGUCGCUUUUAAAAAAUUUAUGUUUUUAAUAAUUGUAUGCAUUGUAUACAUGGGAUUAAAAAUAAGUUAGAAUAAAACAAGUGUGUGUUAAUGGGACUUGGGUCUAUGCGCAGAAGAAUAUUUUUAAUUGUAAAGUCUAACACCGUAUUUGUAAUUGUAAUCGAAUAAGAGUCGUUUAUCUACUACUAGUCGACACUCGCAAUAGGGGUGUAAGCACCUUGCGUUGAAUCUGCUCCAAAACCAACCCCCGAACCCUGUAAGAAUAAUUUAUUUGAUUACGACAUUCAAGAUUUUGCAAAAAUUGAAAUUUCCUUAACCGUAUUCGGAAAAACAAUGAGUCGGGAGACAGGAUUUAGUAUAAUGUGCAAUUCGCAGGAUACGAUUGCGAAUGAUGCAUUGGUCUCAAGCCGUUGAAUAACUCUUGCCAGAUAAACGUGAAAGGAAUAGUUCUGAUAAUAGCAAGUCAAUAUUCACAUGUGUCAUCAAAUACUUCUUGUGGUUUAAAUUAUAAAUGGCACACUAUAUCAAAGCCAGCCUCCCGACUUAAGCUACUAUUCCAUAUGACCACUGAUAUGUAUGCGAUUUUAGAAAACUAUAUGUUUUGUAAAAUGUAUGAAAACAGUGCACCGAUAAAUUUGCCAUCAUUUUGGGAAUUUUUUGGAAACUCUGGCAUCUCUGCGCAUACAUGUCAUCAGCAAAUUUCAAUAGCAAUCAGUGGACAAGUUUAUUUGCGGAAAAGUGUUAAAUGCGUGAAAAACAAGUAUAAAUCUUUAUAAAAGUCACGGAAUUAAUUCGGCUAAUACCAAAAGGAUAGGUGCAUAGCUACA